AUGGAGUCUUCUUCCAAUAGCCCCACUCUAUACAGUCACAGAUUUCUGCUCACAGAUCAUAUCUCACCUGAUUACAAUCACCAUUCCAGAAAUAUAAGAUUCGACCGCAUUGUUUUCGCAAUCAUGGUAGCGGCAAUAAGUCUCAGCAUCAUCUUUUUCAUACUCUUCAAACGGUUUUGCCGAUCGGACUGCUCUUCGGACGAGAAUCCCACCGUGUCUAGGCCGUCCGUAGACAGCGAACUCAAGCAGAUUCCCGUCCUCGUAUAUGGGGAAUCGACUUCGGAGGUCGAAAGCUGCGCUAUAUGCUUGGAAGAGUAUGUGAAGGGAGAGAAGGUGAGGGUGUUGCCGAGGUGUAAGCACAUGUUCCAUAAGGAGUGUAUCGAAGAAUGGUUUGAGGUUCCGUCUUUGCAUUGUCCAAUUUGUAGGGAUCGAGUGCUGGAGCAUUGUCUACAAUCGGCGAGGUCUGAUAAUUGCAGGACUCAAAGGCAUCAUAGUGAUAAUCAGCUUCAUCCAUUGGCUCUCUAUGGUACUGGUAUACGUAAUACAUAUGUCUAA